AUGCUCUACGAUAUUGUUGGUGGUAAAAUUGUACAAGUUUUUCGUCCACAUGGUGAUGAAGUCCGAACAGUGCGAUUUAGUAACGCUGCAUACUAUCUUCUCAGUGGCUCUUAUGAUAAGAGAGUGGUUAUAACGGAUAUGAGAGGAGAUUUGAUGGCACCGCUCAUGUAUCUGCCUGUUGCUGAACAUAACGAUAAAGUCAUACAGUGCAGAUGGCAUCCUCACGACUUCUCAUUUCUCAGUACCAGUGCUGAUCGUACUGCUGUACUUUGGUCCCUUCCACCACCAUCUCAGUACCAGUAA